AUGGCUGGUGACCAAAUUAGUGGCGAGGAGCAGCUAGCUGCAGUACCCAAGAAGGGUGUCUGGCGCCAGUUGCGUGAGAACCCUUACAUCUUCGGACUCUCUAUGUUUUCCAGUCUUGGUGGCUUCCUCUUUGGCUACGAUCAAGGCGUCGUGUCGGGCGUGUUGACCAUGGAGUCGUUCGCCGCUGACUUUCCACGAAUUUACCUUGACAGUGGCUUCAAGGGUUGGUUCGUCUCAACCUUGCUUCUCUGCGCGUGGUUUGGGUCUCUCAUCAACGGCCCCAUUGCCGACUACAUUGGUAGAAAGGGCUCGAUCCUCCUAGCUGUUGUCGUCUUUACUAUAGGCUCAGCUUUUCAGGCUGGACGUGCUGUCGCUGGUCUUGCAGUUGGAAUGCUGACCAUGAUUGUACCCAUGUAUAUGUCUGAGGUGUCAAGCCCCGGCAUCAGAGGUACCCUCGUCGUUCUGCAGCAACUGAGCAUCACUCUUGGCAUCCUUGUGAGCUACUGGCUAGAGUACGGGACCCAGUAUAUCGGUGGCCAUCGAUGUGCACCCGAUAUUCCGUACUCAGGCGGCACUUCCGACAAACGCACGUUCGAUCCUCGAUACGAUGUCGGCCCCAAUGGUUGUACAGGCCAGUCCGAAGCUGCUUGGCGAGUUCCCUUUGCCCUCCAGAUAUUCCCUGCGCUUGUUCUGGGCAUCGGCAUGAUAUUCUUCCCCGAGUCCCCACGCUUUUAUCUCAUGCGCCACAAGGAAGACGAAGCCCUCGCCGCUCUGGCUCAACUCCGUCAGGUUCAUGUUGACUCAGAAUACAUCACAGCUGAGUAUCUGGCCAUCAAGACAGAGGUUAUGUUUGAUGAGUCCGUUUCGGCGGAGAAAUUCCCCGGAAAGAAAGGCCUGUCCCUCUUCGCUGCUCAGCAUGUCGCUCUCGUGUCUACGUGGCCUGCCUUCAAGCGCCUCGCUAUCGGCUGCUGCAUCAUGUUUUUUCAGCAGUUCAUGGGCUGCAAUGCCAUCAUCUACUACGCCCCUACAAUGUUUGCUCAGUUGGGACUGUCUGGAAAUACAUCUGGUCUUUUGGCGACUGGUGUAUACGGCAUCGUCAACACCCUCUCAACAUUGCCCGCCCUCUUCUUGAUUGACAAGCUCGGUCGUCGUCCGUUGCUCAUGUGUGGUGCAGCCGGAACGUUCAUCUCUCUCGUUAUUGUCGGUGGCAUUAUUGGAGGCUUCGGCUCGGGUCUCGCCGACAAUAAGGCUGCUGGCUGGGUUGGCAUUGUCUUUAUCUACAUCUACGACGUCAACUUUUCAUUUUCCUUCGCGCCCAUCGGUUGGGUCCUGCCUUCGGAAAUUUUCAACCUUGGCAACCGAUCCAAGGCUAUGGCCAUCACUACUAGCGCUACUUGGAUGUGCAACUUCAUCAUCGGCCUUGUGACACCUGACAUGCUUGCCAACCUUGGCUGGGGUACCUACAUCUUCUUUGCCGCAUUCUGCCUUCUCGCCUUCCUCUUUACCUACUUCUUCGUCCCUGAGACUCGUGGAAAGAGUUUGGAGGAUAUGGAUCUCGUCUUUGGCGAUACUGCAUCUCAUGAGGAGAAGGCCAGGUUGAUGGAGAUCGCAUCUUCCAUGGGCUUGACAGAAGCCGUGCCUGGGCACAAAAUCGGUCUAGCUAAGGAAGACGAUACUACUGCAGAGCACUUCGCAUAG